GCUGGCUCUCAGUUGCGCUGAGAGCGCACUGGUGAGUAGAUCAGCAGAGGGGAAGCUGCGAAGCUGUAGCUCGUAGUAGCCUCAAUAAAAGCGCAAAUAAGCGGUUUAAACGACCGUUCUCAGCGGGAACCCUUUAUAGGAGCCAUCCCGGCUGCUGUCGGGGACCACGGGGAGAGUUUGAGCUGGUAGUCUUUGCCUCAUUUUCAAAGCGGCGUGCCGGGAGAGACGCGUCAGUUUGAAUUGAGAGGAUGCACGGACCGCCCUCAGGCGACAGCGCAUGCCCACUGCGCCUCAUCAGGAAGGUUCAGUUCGGCAUCAUCAGCCCAGAUGAACUUAAACGGCUGUCCGUUACAGAAGGGGGCAUCAAGUACCCCGAAACGACAGAAGGUGGCCGCCCCAAAUUAGGGGGGCUGAUGGACCCCAGACAGGGGGUGAUCGAGAGGUCCGGUCGCUGCCAGACGUGUGCAGGUAACAUGACAGAGUGCCCGGGUCACUUCGGACACAUCGAGCUCGCCAAGCCGGUGUUUCACGUGGGCUUCAUGACGAAGAUCAUCAAGGUCAUGCGCUGCGUCUGCUUCUUCUGCUCCAAGCUGCUGGUGGAUUCGAAUAACCCCAAGAUCAAGGACAUCCUGAUGAAGUCGAAGGGGCAGUCUCGGAAGAGGCUCACCCACGUGUAUGAGCUGUGCAAGGGCAAGAACAUCUGCGAGGGAGGAGAGGAGAUGGACAACAAGUUCGGAGUGGAGCAGACUGAGACCGAGGAGGACCUCGGCAAAGAGAAGGGUCACGGGGGCUGCGGGCGUUACCAGCCUCGUAUUCGCAGAACAGGGCUGGAGAUGUACGCGGAGUGGAAGCACGUGAACGAGGACUCUCAGGAGAAGAAGAUCCUGCUGAGCCCAGAGCGGGUCUACGAGAUCUUCAAGCGCAUCUCCGACGAGGAGGACGUGAUCCUGGGCAUGGACCCCAAGUACUCGCGCCCCGAGUGGAUGAUCGUCACCGUGCUGCCCGUGCCCCCCCUCUCCGUGCGGCCCGCCGUGGUCAUGCAGGGAUCGGCGCGCAACCAGGAUGACUUGACCCACAAGCUGGCGGACAUCGUGAAGAUCAAUAACCAGCUGCGUCGCAACGAGCAGAGCGGUGCCGCGGCCCACGUGAUCGCCGAGGACGUCAAGCUGCUGCAGUUCCACGUGGCCACGAUGGUGGACAACGAGCUCCCGGGCCUGCCCAGGGCCAUGCAGAAGUCUGGCCGCCCCCUCAAGUCUCUCAAGCAGAGGUUAAAGGGCAAGGAAGGGCGGGUGCGAGGGAACCUGAUGGGCAAGCGAGUGGAUUUCUCUGCUCGAACAGUCAUCACACCAGACCCCAACCUGUCCAUCGACCAGGUUGGUGUGCCGCGCUCCAUCGCAGCCAACAUGACCUUCCCUGAGAUCGUCACACCUUUCAACAUUGACCGGCUCCAGGAGUUGGUGCGGAGGGGUAACAGCCAGUACCCCGGAGCCAAGUACAUCAUCCGGGACAACGGAGACCGGAUAGACCUGCGCUUCCACCCCAAGCCCAGCGACCUGCACCUGCAGAUCGGAUACAGAGUGAGCGUCGCCCCCUUCCAGCCGCUGGCUCUCCGACUGGAACCAGGGCAGCUGGUUUUCAGUGUUCUGUACUCUUUUUAAGUUCAGUUUAUCCCU